AUGGAUCCAGCACCCCGAUACAACUUCAAAGACAUCAAUGCCCAUGACCUCGAAGCAGCCACCCUCUUCGAGGUCAAGGGCUACGUGGCCGUCGUUACAGGAGCAAGCAACGGCAUCGGCCUCAUGGCCGCGCAGACACUAGCAGCAAACGGCGCUCGAGUCUACAUCAUCGGUACCAGGGAGGAAAUCCUGGACACGAUCGGGGAGAAAUAUUCGUUCAACGGGCAGAUCACACCACUCCGGGGAGAUACUUCCACGACAGACGGAAUCCGCGGCAUCGCAGCCGAGCUCACCAAAGCCGAAUCAAAAGGCAUCAACAUCCUCAUCAACAGCGCAGGCGUCACCAGUGAGCCCCGCGCGAAAGCCACAUCCUCCGACAUCGACUUCACAGACCCGGACGCCGUCUCCAGAUGGAUGACCCGCGACGGAGCGGACGCAUGGCGCAUCGCGUACGCCGGCAACGUCUGGUCGCACCAUUUCCUCACUGCCGCGCUGCUGCCACUCCUUGUGAAGGGAGCGAAAGCGGCACCGGGCCAUUCGAGCGUUGUGCUCAAUGUGGCGAGUGUGGCGGGUUUGACGAAGACCCAUUCGCAGGGCCAGUUUGCCUACUCGUCGAGCAAGGCGGCGCUGAUACAUCUGACGAGGGAGUGGGCGCAUACCUUUAUGCCAUUAGGAGUCCGUGUGAAUUGUAUUGCGCCGGGAGUUUUCCCGAAUGAGAUCAGUUUGGGCAGGUUUGAUGAGGAUCGGAGGUCUAGGCAGGAGGAAGAGGUGGGGAAGAAGUUUCCGGCUGGCCGCGUUGGACGGGAAUACGAUAUUGGCAGUGUCGUUCUUUAUCUCUGCAGCAAGGCUGGGACGUAUAUUAACGGACAAAUCGUCAACUUGGAUGGGGGUGAGUAUCAUUUGGUUGUUUCCAUUCGGAUCAGCUAA